UGCGAGCCGUCCCGCCGCGAUUGACAGGCUCGGUUUACGCGGCCGCGCGCAUCCCCGCCGUAUCGGUCGUACGGGGAUAAAACGGUCGGCGGUCGUCUGUGACAAACGGGCGUCGCGACGUCGCGGUGUGUCGCGGGACUGCGCGCACGCGCGCGCGCGCGUGUGUGCUGUUGCUCCGAGUUGUGUAUUCGCGCGAGACGUGUGUAUUCGCCGUGAAUCUUCUUCGGGCGAGAAACGGACGGAGGAGCCCGCUCCCGCGUCCCGACGACGGUUGGCGGUUGGACGGUCGGCGGCUGCGGUCCGAACAUGACGUCGGUGGAGCAACACGCCGGUGGAGGACACGAUAGCCCGGCGGAGCACCACUCAUCCUUGACUGAGACGCAGUAUUGCCGCGGAUUUGACGAUAUGUUGAUGAGAAGCGGCGAGGCGUCACGUCUGAAACCUACCAUGUUGUUCUUAGAAACGACACCUGCUUCCGCCGGAGAUCCGAGGGAAGAAUCGCCGUUCGAUUCCGAGACGAGUUUACCCCUUACGGUUCUCCCCGUGGAAGAUGCGAUUUACAGAGGAGAAGGCAACGCCAAUAUCGUUAUCGCGCUGCCACACGAGCGCACGGUAAUACGAUUCCGGAAGUCGUUACCGGGCGAGGUUUCACCGGAUGGCGGCAGAACACGCGUGCAACGGGAGGUGGGGUACGCCAGGAACGUGGUUUCCUGUUUUUUGGGCUCUUACGUGCAGAUCCCCGAAAUUGUUCGUUACGGUGCGGCCGAUAUAGCCAAAUUGUCGGACGCCGUCCGCCCUCUCCGACCAGAGGGACGUCAACAUAAGGAAAUCACGGACACGUACGCUACGAAGUUUCCAGAUUAUACAUUUUUGGACUCGCAAUUGGAAGUCGAUCAAACCGUUUUUCGAAGCCGUUCGACGUUUUGCGUGGAGAUAAAGCCGAAGCAGGGAUAUCUGCAAGAGGCGGAGCCGGGGUUUCCUGGAUGUCCGUAUUGUCUCAACCAGUACGCCAAGUUGCGGAGAAAGAGCAUCACCGCUCGCAGCAAUUAUUGCCCGUUCGAUCUGUUCUCCGGGACGGAGACGCGUAUGAGAGCCGCCGUGGAGGAGCUUCUGAAAUCACCGCAGAACAAUUUGAAGAUCUUCAAAGACGGCUGCGUCGUCUACGAUCAGGCGUCCUCGCCGAACGAUCUCGAGAACGUGCUGGACGAGUGGUUUCGAAAUGCGGCGACGGAGAACGGCGGACGUGCUGGCCGCGUCAACGAGUUCUGCAAUUUGGUUUGCGCCGCCCUUACGCGGCCGAUCGCCCGCGAGCAGCUGGACCUGCCUGCCACCUCCCUUUCACGCAAUUUUCUCGUACCCGCGAAUCAAGUUUCAACGACGUUUUGUACCGUUGCGCCGGACGUGAUCGCGAGAGCCGAAUGGUGUCUUCGCCUCGGGGGAAAGAGGUGCAACUUCGAUGGCAGCGAGUUGCCGAAGAAUUCGGUGCUGGAACGAAUGUGGAACAUGCAGCGAUUGUCCUACGUGAAUAUCAAUUACAUUUACAGCCUUUACUCCAACUUCGCAUCGCUACUAAAUGACGAUAUAAUAUACUCUGACUUGACCAAAUCGAAUAAGACUUGUAAUGUUUUUCACGCUCUCGAUAAUCCCAAGAAUGCGGACCAGAAAAUGGAGAUCAUGAAGGAAAUAGACUUUCAAACGCUUCUUAAGAGCGCUAUUGCACGAGAAUGCGAUGACGAUUUUAAUGGAAAUUGCAAUGCCAGUUCAGAGUGUAUCUUAUCUACUAAUACCGACAGAACGCUCGUGAACGGCGGUCUUGUAUCGCAAACAGAAAUUAGUUCCAACCUAGAUUCGCAAUCAUUUUAUGGAAACAAGAGUCUGCAUAAUCAAAGAACUAGCAACGAUGAUGACGAGCGAAAGGCAAAUAUGCAGAUUACCGCCGAACAUUUGUCAGCGUUGCAAAAUUACCUUUUAUUCGUCACGGCCAGAGAUUGUUCGAUAUUAAUGACUUUCCGCGAAUUGCAUCCGAAAGAUGCAUUAAGAAUGCCUGUGGAAAAUACGAUAAAACUGUCAGAGCAACAUUAUUUUUUAAGCAACGUCAGAGUCUCGGACUUGGAACCGAAAAGCGUACACUCCAUCGAAAAGCAUCGACAACGAGACGUGGAUAUUUUUGAUUCUGUGAUUUCUUUACUGGACGAAGAUAUUCUUUUUACCAGAUAGAUUUAUAUAGAUAGAUAGUUAUAAGAAAGAGGAAAGCGAUGCUAGUAACGAUAUAUUUGAUAUACGAUAAAAAAUCUGUUUACAAUGGAGGAAGAAUGCGCAUUUAAUUGACGAUACGCUUACCGAUCAUGAAGUCAUUUCUUAUGCGAACACGUCUGUGUGGCGUUUGUAAGAAUGUAAGAUAGAUAUUGAUGCUAUCAUUCAUCAAUCAGCGUGUUAAAUUGAACAUUUCACUUCCGUACGCAUAAUAUAUAAAAAUUAUGUCCAUAUAAAUAUUUGAUUCAACGAACAAACAUAUCUUUUAGAAAUCUACUUAACUUUUGCAACUUUAAAGUGUUAUACAGACAGCAUAGAUAGAAAUAGGACAAAUGAAUUUUUUAAAAUGUUGAAAUGGACAUUUAUUUACAAAGUAUUUUAUCGUGUAAUGUUAUUGUUCAAAUUAUAUUUAUUGGUGUAUAGAUUGUAUUGAUUUUUUAUGAAGUGAGAUGAGAGAUUUACGUGGACGAGUGAAAAAUAUUACAUGUAGCAUUAUGAAUACGGUAUUCGAUUUAGAGUAAUUGUUGAACUGUGUGUGGAGCUUGUGUCAAAAGACUGACGUUCAUGCAAAAAUGAAAUUAGCAUGUUAUUUAAUAAUAUAUUGUUAAAUUAGAACUUGUUUUGAUGUUCCUUCCUUACUUUAAAUAAAAAUUGCAAAACGAAAUGUUCAACAAGA